CAUGUACAUCAUACGAUCUGCCAACACACAUGGUGGUUGGAAUCGGUUGCUCGUGCUAAAUUUGACCUGAACCUUUUCGUGUUAUUCAGUCAUGUCAGUCAUGGUUUUCAGCUUCAUUUGACAUGAUUGACUAAUUUGUUCGAUGUGUUUUGCACUCCAUUGUGUUACAACAUUGAAGAUUCCGUUCAAACCAUUGUUUUCAAACUGCAAAUGGGUGAAAUAGCCAUCUACUAGUCGCUUCUGAAGAGAAAUGUACAUGUACUCUUGUUGAUGCGUAAAUGUACGGUGUAUGAUGUAGUGCAAACACCACAUCAUGACUCGUUAUGCACGAGGAAAUAAAGGAAAUAGGAAGAGGCCUUAUGAAGCUUCAUCCUGGAAUGACCUUACAAACCGAGGGGCUGAUCAUUACCAAAAGCUGAAGACUGAAGACACUAGAUAUGACAAGCCCAAAGAGAAAGAUGAAAUCUGUGUCAAACGUGCAAAGAGAGGGAAGAAAAAACUGAAGCACAGACACAUGAGGAGCCCUAAGGACGAAUGCAAGAGGACCUCACAGGCUUCACCGAGGAGUAACUAUACUGAGCUUAAACAAGAAGACAGUCCUAGUCUCCAUUCAAGCUUGAUUGAGAGACUAGUUUCUUGGAAUGAGGAAAGGUCUGCCAAAGAAGCUGAGAGGUCACUUGAAACGGACAGAAAGAAAGAGAAAAGGAAAGAAGAACGGCGUCUGAAAAGGAUCAAGAGCAGAGCUAACAAGAUGGUGUGUUAUCAUUGCCGUGAGGCGGGCCAUGGCAUUACUGAUUGCCCCAAGAUGCUGCUUGAUCAAGAGCAAGGCACAGGAAUCUGUUUCCGAUGCGGAUCCACAGAGCAUGAAGCCAACAAAUGUACAGCAAAGGUUAAUUCAACCAAAGGUGAGUUUCCGUUUGCCAAAUGCUUUAUCUGCCAAGAGAUGGGUCAUUUGUCCAGGAGUUGUCCAGACAAUCCACGUGGUCUCUACCCAUUAGGAGGAGGUUGUAAGCAUUGUGGGUCAGUAGAACAUAGGAAACAACACUGCCCUCAUAGCGUAGAUGCACAGAAAGACACAGCCAACACCACAUUACCCACCCUCAGAGGUACUCAGGGCUGGAGUGCUGAUGCUGUGAUCGAUGAAAUUAAACCAAGACAAGCGUUUGAAAGACAAGAAGCCAAACAAACUCCCAAAGUCAUCAAAUUUUAAAACCAAUGAUAGAUAAUAGGACGGUUAUUGGAGAAGGCGCUGUUGUAGCAGACAUCAGGACUUUAUCAUCAGGUUUCAUACGAAUCCCUGCUUCUCAAAGGGAUACUCAGACUCUAAUGCUAAUGGUCAUUUGUUUGUGUGGGCCUACAAGAAUGGUGUGUCCAACCAAGUCAAAGGUCUUUGACGUUUGAAAACACUGUUCUUCCUUCAUUGUUGGGUCUAUGAGCAUCCUGCAAAUGUCAUCAUUCAUGUUUUUUUAUACAUGCACUCUGUGCAUUUUUCUAAGGUUUUUAUUUGUUACAACAUACUGUAAACCACAUGAAGUUUGACCUUUAGGCUAUGAUUUGUGGUCUAACCAACCAUAUCAAUAUACAUGUACCUCCUAAAGACAUGCCAUUGUGCUUUAUUUACACAUGCACUUUUCUGUGACAGCCAAGCCGGGAUGACCACCAACUUCCCAUAAGAAAGUGCAUGUGAACAAAAUGCAACAACAUUAUUUCUGAGGUCUAUUUAAUUCAAUUUAGGUACAUGUCCUGAGAAGUCAUGGUCUGCUGUUGGUUAAAAAACAAAGCAACUGUAAUACAUGGGCUUUGAGAAACGCACAGUGAAUGGAUAGAGCAAAAGUACAGAGUUAAACAGUCAGUUUGCAGUCAAUAAUGUGUAUACAUAUACAUGCACGCCUAAUGAAACGCAAAUCAAUACAUGGUCAAUAGUAGUGGAUUUGUUUCAUUUGAAAUGUGCAUGGUACUUCAGUGGAAGUAGGAGGGGCCACAUGGUGUUGUGGGGGCAGGAUAUUCACAGGUCCUUAUUGAAAAGUGGCAGUUUCUACUAAACUCCAAAGCAAACGACUAGCUCAACAUCUCUACUUGCGCUUGUCUCCAAUUUUCAGAGAGAAUGAGAAAAAAAGGUACUUACAAGUCACAGUUACACUGUGUUGUUGCCCACUACAUCGUCUUCAAAGGAAAAAUGCACUACUCUGUCAGCUUCAGUUGAAGCAAACACACCCAGCCAAACCACUCUGCUAUGUAAACCUAGGGACAUGUAGUAGAAAUAAUAAACAGGGCAGUAAGCACUGUCUGUUAUCUAGCCUUGGUAUUUGUAUUUACUCACAACAGCAAAAAGGAACAUGAAACCUUAAAAUGGCAAUAAAAUGUCCUGACACCAUUGAUAACUGUUGGCAA